ACCAAGCAGUCGAGGCGCGCGCGAGAAGGAAGGGAAGUGAGAGCAGCGCGAGGCUCGGAGCGCAACUGACUGCCGCACAACAUCAGAUAAGACCGCUAGAUUGUCGUCUUUUUGACCGCUUUUUUCACCCAUCCGACAGGCAACAGAGACAAAUUUCCUUUCGCCUGAGUUCCCUAACCGUCCUGAGCGUUUUUUUCGUUUUGCGGCAUAGCGUUUGUUUUAAAAGGGAUAAAACGCGGGGAUAUCGAUAGUGCCGCUGAAGGAUAUAGUGUCUCUCUGAGCGUGUGUGAGAGAGAGAACAAGAGAGAGAGAGAGAGAGAGAGAGAGAGAGAGAGAGAGAGAGAGAGAGAGAGAGAGAGAGAGAGUGACAAAGAGGAAGAAAGAAUGGCAGACUCGGCGGCGAACAGCGACGGGGACGACGGACCUAGCGGCCCGCCCAAGGGCUUCGCCCGCCAAGGAGCCCUCCGCCAGAAGAACGUGCACGAGGUGAAGGACCACAAGUUCAUCGCGCGCUUCUUCAAGCAACCCACUUUCUGCAGCCACUGCACGGACUUCAUUUGGGGUUUUGGCAAGCAGGGAUUCCAGUGUCAAGUGUGUUGCUUUGUGGUCCACAAGCGCUGCCAUGAGUUUGUCACCUUUUCCUGUCCUGGUGCCGAUAAGGGCCCUGCAUCAGACGACCCGAGGGCCAAGCACAAGUUUAAGAUCCACACCUAUUCCAGCCCCACCUUCUGUGACCACUGUGGCUCCCUGCUCUACGGGCUGCUGCACCAGGGCAUGAGAUGUGACCACUGUUUGAUGAACAUCCAUAAGCGCUGUGUAGCCAACGUGCCGAGCCUGUGCGGCACGGACCACACCGAGAGGAGGGGUCGGAUCCAGAUCACUGCGGAGGUCAAGACCAACGUGCUCACCGUCAGCAUCAAAGAGGCCCGGAACCUGGUCCCCAUGGAUCCCAACGGCUUUUCGGACCCCUACGUGAAGCUGAAGCUCAUCCCGGACCCACGCAGCGAGAGCAAACAGAAGACCCGCACCAUCAAGUGCAACCUGAACCCCACCUGGAACGAGACCUUCAAGUUCCACCUGAAGGACUACGACAAGGACCGGCGCCUCUCAGUGGAGAUCUGGGACUGGGACCUCACCAGCCGCAACGACUUCAUGGGCUCCCUGUCCUUCGGCAUCUCCGAGCUCCAGAAGCUGGGGGUGGACGGGUGGUUCAAGCUUCUCUCCCAGGAGGAGGGGGAGUACUUCAACGUCCCCGUGCCCCCAGAGGGCGAGGAGGGCAACGAGGAACUGCGGCAGAAAUUUGAAAGGGCUAAGAUUGGUCCGAGCAAGCACAACGAGGGCUCGUCCGCCAACGACCCGGGCCGCUUCGACUCCAACGGGAACCAGGACCGUGUGAAGCUGUCCGACUUCAACUUCCUCAUGGUGCUGGGGAAAGGGAGCUUCGGCAAGGUGAUGCUGGCCGAGCGCAAGGGCACGGAGGAGCUGUACGCCAUCAAGAUCCUGAAGAAGGACGUGGUGAUCCAGGACGACGACGUGGAGUGCACCAUGGUGGAGAAGAGGGUGCUGGCCCUGGCCAGCAAGCCCCCCUUCCUCACUCAGCUGCACUCCUGCUUCCAGACCAUGGACCGCCUCUACUUCGUCAUGGAGUACAUCAACGGGGGCGACCUGAUGUAUCAGAUCCAGCAAGUGGGCAAGUUCAAAGAGCCGCACGCAGUGUUCUACGCUGCGGAGAUAGCCAUCGGGCUGUUCUUCCUCCACCUUAAGGGCAUUAUCUACAGGGACCUGAAGCUGGACAACGUGAUGCUGGACGCUGAGGGCCACAUCAAGAUCGCCGACUUCGGCAUGUGUAAGGAGAACAUGCUGGACGGAGUCACCACCAAGACCUUCUGCGGGACCCCCGACUACAUCGCCCCCGAGAUCAUAGCCUACCAGCCCUACGGCCGGUCGGUGGACUGGUGGGCCUUCGGCGUGCUGCUCUACGAGAUGCUGGCCGGACAGCCUCCGUUUGACGGGGAGGAUGAGGACGAGCUGUUCCAGUCCAUCAUGGAGCACCAUGUCUCCUACCCCAAGUCCAUGUCCAAGGAGGCCGUCGCCAUCUGCAAAGGGCUGAUGACCAAGCACCCGGGGAAGAGGCUGGGCUGCGGGCCUGAGGGGGAGCGAGACAUCCGGGACCACGGCUUCUUCCGCUACAUGGACUGGGAGAAGCUGGAGAGCAAGGAGGUGCAGCCACCCUUCAAGCCAAAGGCCUGUGGCAAGGACGCAGAGAACUUUGACCGCUUUUUCACACGCCACCCGCCGGUGCUGACGCCGCCCGACCAGGAGGUGAUCGACAACCUGGACCAGGAGGAGUUCCAGGGCUUCUCCUUCAUCAACUCAGAGUUCCCCCCGGGCGAGGCGCGCAGCCCGGCCGGCAGCGCCUGAUCCGCCCCCCCCCCCCCCCUGGGUCUAGACCGGGCGGAACGCACGACAAACACACACAGCAACGACAACACAGGUGUAGAAACGCAUGACACAUACCCAGCACACCCACGGGUGCACUGUCGCCCUCAUACACACACACGCACACGCGCAUACGCACACGCACACGCACACGCGUACAAGCACACAGACACACGCACAAGGAAACGCACACGCACGUACAAGCACACAUGCACACACACACACACACACACAUACACAUAUGCACACAAAAAACAGACACACACAAACACACACACACACACACACACACACACACAAACCGUAGUUGAAAUCCGCUUAGAUACUGUUCAUGCAUACUUAACGUGCAACUUCUUCAUGCAUGCAUGCAUGCACACACACACACACACACCACACACACACACACACACACACACACACACACACACACACACACACACACACACACACACACACACACACACACACACAUAGUCGUACUGGCAUAGCCAGAUGCAAUCUGCAGCAUUCAAGGGUAAAACACACACACACACAUACAGAACCCCUUAUCUUACAUUUGUGGAGUAGGAAGUCCAUGGCCCUGUUUCAAGAUGGUCAGCUGGAUAGGGAUCCAGGGAAAGCCAGGAAUUUCUCUUCAGUUCAGUUACCAUGGCGAACCAUGUUGCAAACCUGGAGCAAACACGAUACCUAGUUAGCUCUGAGAUAAGUGCCCUAACGCUGCAAUGGCCAACUCUUUCUGUCCAUCUCAUUGGUUUAGAUUAACGCCAAAAAACAACUUCAUAUGGUCAAAUGGUUAUGGUUUUACCCCUUUUAAGAAGCCUAUUUCAUCUCUACAAUAAAGUCACCGUGAAGUGUCUAAAUUUAAGUAAUAGGCCAUUGAUACGCUCGCACACUUAGUAAUAGUGUUUUGGACCACGCCUACGCUAUUGAAGCAGCGAUUUACGGGACACUUCUGAGAGAUGAGAUAAUGCUUUGUCCCUUUGCCAGACGUGCGGUGAACAUCCGACCGCAGAGUCCCUCCUCGCUCACUACAGGCCGGGCUACAGGCUCUGGUGGUUGGCUCAUGACAGCCAGAAGUCCUUUUUGAUCUUGGGCGUGGGCCCUAUAGUAUAUCUGACCCAGACUUUGUUGCAUGAAUUCAUUGCAUGUUCAAAUUAUUUCUAGCAGGCGGAAUAGUAAACCAGAGCUUAACCUUUCUUCCAAAAUAAAUAGAUCAAUGGCCUAUUAUCAAACACCUUUUAUUAUUUUACUGACCCAAAUUGAACGAUUGUCUGGCCGACUCUAGACGGCUUCAACCAGCUCCUGCAGAUCCAGUAUUUCCAAGGUGUUGUUAUGCAAAUGAGCCAACGAGGCUUCAACCAAUAGAAAGCAUUGAAAUACCGUCGAUGGCUUGGGGGUUCCCUGAUCGACAGAGGAUGACUUCUGAGGCCUGUCAUGAGCUUUCAUUAUUUAGGUUCAACCCAUCCAAGGCUGAAUAAGCCUUGAUGAAACCCAAAGUCCUGACAGUCCAGGGAAGCGCUCGCUCGAGUCAGAGUUUGUGUUUAAAGGUGGAGCUUGUAGGCUUUAUCGGUAUCAAGCAGCGAGGUGGCACAGCACCACCGACUGAAUACCCCCUCACCCCGCCUGAUCCCUCCCUUUCCAACGAUGCUGGAGGAUCUACCGUUGCCUGUAAGGUGGCGCUACGUACUUCCAAAACGACGCCAUCGUCUACGACAGCAUCAGGCGGCCGAGUGUCGAGUGACGAGGUUCCUCGAUGGAUAGGUCCUAGCUUACGAUCGGGAUAGCAGUUAAAAAUGUGACCUCCCUAGGGUUGUUUGUCCAUUCUGGGCCACCGUAGCACGUGGUUGGGGUGAAAUCCAGCCUCCAUUCGAGAGGACCCUCUCCCUACGUAGAUAGAAAGGGAACUAAAACAACAAUUCCUAUUUUCAUUCAAUUAUACUCAAAUCAAAACAUGAAUAUUGUAUUCCACUUCUGCCAAGUCCGUUCGGCUGGAUGAUAUUCACUCAUACAUUCUAAUUUUAAAUCGCAAUCUCGAAGAUAAUUGCAAUAUAUGUCAGUGAAGUCAAUAUCUAUCGCCAUAGGAGGUCACACAACGAUGAGCCUAUUGCUAACGCGAGCCCUUGCCUUUGCAGUAUUAUGAAUGUUACGAACUCGGUGCCAGUGGAACAUUCCUGCCAUGUUUUCAAAUCCCAAACGGCGGUUUGUUUCGCCUUUAUUCAGUUACUGGCGUGUUUUCCAUAAACCGGCUUAUGGCUUUCCGGCCGGAGCGCUCAUCCACUCACCGACGUUUGAACAGGCUUUGGUUUUUUACGGCCAUAGGCGGCACCAAAAAGAGAGAUGACCACUCGAACCUGAAACAUAUCCCCACGUGCUCCUUGAAACAGGGCCCAUAUCAGCUGGCACACAGCUCAUAACAAUAUCACAAACAAAAGCAUGCAUACAGCAUCGCUUUAAAUACACAACAAAGAAAAUACAGCAUCGAGUAGAUGCACACAUUCGAUGGUACGUACAUACUGUAAAAUCCUGAUUAACUCUGCACUCCCUAAAACUUGGAAUUCAGAUAUUACACACCUAUACACAUACUUAUCUAAUAUAUCUGUGGAAGUGAUAUUAUUUUAUUAUUUUGGGGGGUAGGGGGGGGCGUGGUGGGCUAUUUAGAUCUCAGUAUAAAAUCUCUCUGCUUUGUCAGCCCUUGUGGUUCAUCGUGUAUAUCUCGGGUGUGCAUUUGAUUCUCUGUAUGACCAGUAGUCCCGUGUGUGCUCCUUAUCUUAUUUGAAUGUUGGAGGACUUUAACCUUUUUUUGCAUGAGUUUUUCUUGUUCACUGAUCUGCUUCCCGAGAAUUUUCCAUUUAUUUCAAAUAUAUAGCGUUGAGACAAUGUAGUUUAUCACGGGCUCCUAGUUAGCUAUAGGCAGAUACACAUAUGACUAACAUAUUAUCUACUAUAUUCCUAAUAUCAUGACUUAUCGUAUUCAAGCAAUGGAAGACUAGUGCUUAGUUUACUUGUGUUAGACAAAAGCAUGAUGCGCUGAAACCGGGCAGUAGUUUACAUUGUAACGAUCGUUCCUGUGUGCGUGCGUGCGUACGUGUGUUUCAAUAUGGAUGCAACAGAGGAUUGUGCGUUUGUGUGUGUCAGGACUGUGCAUGUGUGUGUGUGCGUGCGGGCACGUAUGUGUGUGUGUGUGUGUGUGUGUGUUUGAGUAAGGAGCUAGUUCAGUUCAGUGUGAAGCUUCGUUUUGAGGCUGCUUUUUGCGGCCAGCCCUGCUCGAGUCCAACGUGCUGGCCAGCUGGGCUGUGGACAACAUAUUAUAGCAGAGAAAAGCAAUGGUGUAACCUGUCCUGCUGCUAGGAUAAAUGGCUUGCUCAUCUCUUUUAUUACAUUCAUUUUCGUUUUUUGUGCCGGUGCUUUAGGAUUCCAGCCCCAGUCGAUUGGUUUAUUUCAUCCUCACACCUGGGAUUUCUAUUGGUUCUGACGACAAAAGUGUCGCUGGAACAAAGCGCAUUCGAUGCGGUUUUGUUUGGAUUUUAAUUUGCAACCGAAUAUGUGUUUUUUUUUCCACAAUUUUCUGUGUUUUUGUUUUACUACUACCUAGGAUAUUUUGCUGUUGACUUCAUGCCUUCAUGUGUUUCUACCAACCCGAUUUCCUGAAAAGAGACAGUAGAAUGCCAACUUUCUGUGGUCUCCAUGCAUGUGUGUGUGUGUGUGUGUAUCCAAGACAGACAGAGUUACUAGCUGUGAUGGUAGCAGCCAAGGUUAUUGGCUGUGUUGCGAUGUGCUUGCAAGAGGCUCACUUUGGGAAGGUUUGACUCAGUAAGGUGCUGUGCUAUGAAUUUCCCUGUUUGGCUUUUUAUUAUUUUUUGAACAAUAGCUUGGGUAAAUGAAAUGUAUACAUGUGAUGCUUUAUGAUUGGGGCGUUGCCAGCAGGCAACAUUUAUCUUCACGACACCGGUGAUGUUGUUCUGAAACCUACUGUAUAUCAAUAAUUGGGACACGGUUUCGAGAGUGCAACACAUGUUUUCAGGGUUGUGUGCUCACAUACUCUGCACUCUGUCUCGUGUGUGCACCGUUGUCUACUUGGCUUGUGAUGGCACCUACCUAUGAAACGUAUAGAAGAGAUCCCCUCCACACGCACACACAUUAACGGCACAUUCGGACACAGCCAGGCGUCUCACAACAACUUCUUAAACAAAGCCAAGAUGAACAAAUGUUUAGUGUGAAACUGUUGCUGGUGUGUAUGUCUGUUUGUAUACGUGUGUGUGUGUGCGUGCGUGUAUGUGUGUGUGUAGACCAUGCACUCUUAAGUCAUAGCAACAGAAGGUUGGAAUGUGAUUCGUCAAUGGGGCUGAUCUUAAAAUCACAUUGUCACCCUCAGCAUUGUGCGUUGUUAAGAUCCCGGCUGAUAAAUGUGUUGAGGGGCCUUCCACUUCCUCGAGGAACUUCCUUACGAUGCAUAGACCCUUUUGACAGAGGCUUCUUCGUAGGAUAGACACAGGUGUAGCUCAUAACACCGAUUAUACGUCUGCUACUUGUAUGUACCCGGGCACAGGGCGUAGAUUAUAAUCACUAGUUAAGGCCCCCCUCCACAUGACGGUGGAAGGAUAUCAAAAGCAAAAAGGUUUUAUUGCGUUUUUACCCUGCGUCCAUAUGACAACAGAGGUUUUGGGGCCAGCAAACUGAGACUUUUAAAGGAGACAUAUUAUACCACCAGGUGUGAGUGUGAUUAGCCUUACAAGCCGUUUCGAAAAUCUGCCCCUUAUGACAUCACUAGUGGGCGUGUCCUCCUAGAUCUGUGCUGGAUAGAUCAGUCUACCAGCCUACCCAGUGGACUGAAGUUAACGUUGCUCCUCUAUCCAGCACAUAUCUAGGUGGACACGUCCACUAGUGAUGUCAUAUGGGGCCGAUUUUUGAAACGGCUUGUAAGGCUAAUCACACUUACACCUGGUGGUAUAAUAUGUCUCCUUUAAAACCGUCUUCCAGAUUGCAGCCCUUACAUGUGUAAGGGCUGAUGAUCCUCUUCUGUGGAUGCUCGCAGGUUUGAGCAGAAAGGUUACACCUCACCAUUUUCACCCCAUAACCUUCUGUGGGCGAGUGAAGUUCUGAAAACGUUGUGUGGAUGCAAAACCUUUUUCAAAGUGUGUGGGCGGGGCCUGAGUCUAUGACCUGUUUCCUGGUACAUAAAGGGGCAGACCCAUAAUUAGUGUUAUGAGUGACAGCUGUGUUCAUCCUGUGAGGAUGCUUUAUUGGAAAGGGUCUAUUUAUCCAUUGUUGCAUGUCUUGCGUUUUUGUGUGGAAUUAUUGCGUCAUUCACAGUGCUAAUCAUUAUGGAAUUGGGUGAUAUUUUAUGGGAUGAAAUACAUUUACUUUAUCAUGAAAUGCAUCCACUGUAACUAACAACGGAUACAUCAAAGUAAUAUUCAUGCAUUAACCGAUAGAUAUUGAACAAAAUCAAACUGUGUCAAAUGUCCAACAUACAUAUAUAUAUAUGUACAUGUAUAUAUAAUAUAUGUAUAUGCAUAUAUAUAUACUGUAUGUAUAUAUAUACUUUAUAUAGUAUAUGCUGUAUAUAGUAUAUUCAUCCACAUUGUUGUCAAAGAUCUAGUUGAGAGAAGUUGUCUAACAAAGUAUUGUGUGUGUGUAACUUGAGGAAUAGGUAUGUAGGUAUGAGUGUACCUUGUGCAUGCAAAACACAUUUAUUCCACCUUUUUAAAAGUAUUAUAACCAAUCGAUACAAGCUCCACGUACGGCUCUGUUAAUGAAUCUCGCUCUCUCAUGUCUCUAGUGUUUGAAUAAUGUGGUCCAAGCUACUGUCUGUGCACAGAAUACAAUGACAUAUAGAAUGAGACGUCAUUUCCACAAGGCUUUCCAUGUGCCAAAAGCUUUUUUCCAAAAAAUACAAAGAGCAACAGAUGGUAUACAUUGAAAAUAAAAGUAUUUGAAAGAUG